AUGGCAUACGCAUCCAAGGCCGUUGUGUGUAUAAGUGACGGUUGUCUGCAAGGCACAGUGAUGGAAAGUAGUAACGGCCUGUCAUAUCCAGCGUUUUGGGGAAUCCCCUUUGCUAAACCUCCGGUUGGCAAGCUGCGAUUUGCGAACCCACAACCGAACGACCCAUGGCAGGGUAUAUACGAUGCGUCGAGUUCGAAGAAUGCGUGUAUCCAGAAGGUUACGCUUGUUCCGACCGCUCCAAUGUUUGGUACGGAAGAUUGCCUGUAUUUGAACGUGUUCGUACCAGUGCUGGAGGCACGACAUUCCAACCUCCUUCCUGUGAUGGUGUACAUCCACGGCGGUGGUUUCCUGUACGGUUCAGCCCAACAGGAACAACGUGACCCAUCACGGUUUAUGUCCACCCGCAAGGUGAUCCUCGUAACGUUCCAAUACCGACUUGGUGUGUUCGGUUUCUUCUCGACCGGUGAUGCGUCUGCACCGGGUAACUUCGGCAUGAAGGAUCAAGUGAUGGCACUGCACUGGGUGAAGAAGAAUAUCCAGGCGUUUGGUGGCGAUCCUAACCGGGUCACGAUAUUCGGUGAAAGUGCCGGAGCCUCGUGUACGCAGUUUCAUUUGCUGAGCCCACUUAGCCGUGGACUGUUCCAUCGCGCCAUAACCAUGAGUGGCAGUGCACUCGCCAGCUGGAGUGUUCCGAUUGAAAAUCCUCUCCGUUUGGCACGCAACCAGGCGAAAGUUCUCGGCGUACCAAACGCGGAAGAGCUAUCGACGGCGGAACUGGUUGAGCAGCUUCGUGACGUAGAUGCGGCUGAGCUUACCGCUAGCAUCGAGCUUUUAAAGCUGUGGGACAUUCAUCCCAUUACUUUGUAUCAUCCCGUCGUAGAACCAGCGGAAGAACCGGAACCUUUUCUGGCGGAAGAUCCUAGAGAUACGUGGCGUCGGGGUGACUAUGCAAGUGUUCCCUGGCUAACCGGAAGUAUACCGACCGAUGGUUCGAUCGUCACACAAACGAUCUAUCGGAACAGUUCCCUAAUCGAGGAUUUGAAUGAGAAAUUUACCAAACUUUUGCCACUGAUACUCCGAACACGUGUAACGAAGAAGAAACUUGCGCGGUUAAGGAAACGCUUCCUUAAGACAACUUCACCAACAAAGUGGGUUACCUACGAUAACUAUGACGAGAUCACCAAGAUGUUAUCGGAAGCCUGGUUUCUGUAUCCAAUGGUGAAAAGCAUCAAGCAACAUCUAGCCAACCAGAAGCAUACUCCGACCAGCAUCUACUCCUUCCAGUUCCGUGGCCGAUACUCGUUCUCGAAGCUUUUCACCGGUUCAGACAAAGCGUAUGGUUUAAGCCAUCCGGAUGAUAUGAUCUACCUGUUCGAGAUGCCACUGUUCUUUCCCGAUUUCCCAGUUCGAUCGCCUGAAGAGGAAAUGUCGAAGCUGUGGGUAAAGUUCUUCGUAGAUUUCGCCACAAACGAUCUGGUCGAUCCGGAGGAAACGUGCUUUGGUAAGCAGUGUGACAUUGUCACGUUUGACAACACGUACAAUCCGUACUUCCCGGUGAGCAGAAAGAUUACCCGCGGUUUGGAUGAGGAGAUGUACCAAUUUUGGAAGGAUAUUUUCGAGGAAACUGCUUAA